CACACCAAGCGAGGACUUACACGUGUGGGGAAACCCUCGUGACCGGAGAUUUUUUUUUUUUUUCCCCCUCGAGCAAACAUGAUCUCAUGAUUUUAAUUUUUUAUUUUAUUUUUUUUUUUAAAGCUCUUAAAGGAAAAAAAUAACAGAGAAGCCCCGACGAGCGGCAUUCCCGGCUGCCGUUAUCCAACCGGGGGCAGCGGGACGGCGCGGAUGCUGCACCGGGAGCCGCGGGGCCGCCGGAGCCGAAGGCUCCCGCUCGCAUCCUCCUCUUCCUCGGGUGGUUUUCCCUCCCUCCUCCUCCUCCCCCCCGCCCUGCAUUUCCUCCUGCACCUUUAAGAAGCCCAUUGCCGCCGGUGGGAUGGUGUGUGCUAAAGCUGCACAGAGGAAGUUACGCAGCCGGGAUCAGGCACGGAGAUAAAAGCUCCGAUUGUGAUUGAAAGUGAGAGCAAAAGGGAUUUCAGCCUCGGCAUUAACUUGCGAGGGGAGCCGGGAUUGCACAAAGCUCCCCCGGCCAUCUGCCCUUGGGGGCCGGCGGCGCAGCGCCUGCCCCGCCGCGCUGGACUGGGCUUAGCUGGGCUGGGCUGGGGGGUGUGUUUGGGGUUCCCCCCGGCCCCGAAGUUGCUCCGCCGGGAGCCCCGCACCGCAGAGCUCGCUCCCGGUGCCACCUGCUGAUGAGCUUUCCCUUUGCCCUGACCAUGAAAGGGAGAGGAGACCUCAGGUAGCCCCAUGGAUUGCAGCUGAAGGCUUUGGGAACUUGGUGCUCUGUUGCCAAAAGGCAGAGUUGGACAAAUCCUCGCCUGCGAGUGCCUCAUCACCACCACAGGACACGGCAGGAGCAGCAGAGACCAGCACUGCUCCUGUCAACCCAGUGACCACCCAGCAUCCUGCUGGGACCACCACGGCUCUUGACACCUGACCUGUCCGUGUUGACACAGCCGUCCUUCUGGAGAAAGGAAUUUUAGCUCCAAAGGGUCCCUCCUGGCAGAGUGGUACUGAUGACCAGGUGCUCUGUUUUAUUUUAUGUGUUGAUGUUCAAACUCCCCAGUAACUAAGGCAGACACAGUUUAAGGCACUUUCCACAGCGACGCACUUGCAGCAGACAAGAAGGUUGAGGAAAACCUGAUCCAGCACCAUCUCACGGGCUCUCCAAUUUACUCCUAUCAAAUUUCAUCAGCAGCUCAGAACUUGAUCUUUCUAUUGAUUGACUGGAGUCACCUCUAGAUAUUUUCAUGCUGAUUUGGAAGACCUUUCGUACAAUAAAAGGGGGGAAAAAUGAGGUUAAGGAAGACUUCUGACCACUGAUCAGCAACUCUGGCCAAAACUUUCCCAAUCAAGUGAAUUGCAAAGUUGGCUUCCGUGCCGAGAGGAACUUUCCACAUCCAGACACAGCGGGCAGAGUUGGGAUCACCCCUGUUACCUCCUGGGUCUCCUUCCACUGGAUCAUUUUUAGAUGAGGAGUUUCCAUGCUGAUCCCGAGAGCAACCCCUAGCCCAGUAGCCGCCUUCCUCGGGACUGCCGGCACUGCCCUCGCCCAGGGACCCCGCGCUCGGCCGCAGCUGCCAUGCUCCGCCUGGUUGCUCUCCUCUUGCACUGCGUCCCCUUGGCCAUGGGACAGUAUGACAUUUGCAAGUCCUGGGUGACCACGGACGAUGGCCCCUCAUGGGAGUUUUACGCUUGCCAGCCCAAGGCCAUGCGGAUGAAGGAUUAUGUGACGGUCCGGGUGGAUCCGGCAGGAAUCACUUGCGGGGACCCGCCCGAGAGGUUCUGCACCCAUGAGAACCCGUACCUGUGCAGCGACGAGUGCGACGCCUCCAACCCGGACCUGGCCCACCCGCCCAAGCUCAUGUUUGACAGCGAGGACGAGGGGCUGGCCACGUACUGGCAGAGCGUGACGUGGCGCCGCUACCCAGAGCCACUGCUGGCCAACAUCACCCUGUCCUGGAACAAGAGCAUCGAGCUGACGGACGACAUCGUGAUCACCUUCGAGUACGGGCGCCCCACCAUCAUGAUGCUGGAGAAGUCGCUGGACAACGGGAGGACUUGGCACCCGUACCAGUAUUACGCAGAUGACUGCAUGGAGGCCUUCAGCAUGCCAGCACGGAGGGUCCGCGACCUCUCCACCACCAGUGCCAACAGGGUCCUCUGCACGGAGGAGUAUUCCCGCUGGGCGGGCUCCAAGAAAGAGAAGACCGUCCGCUUCGAGGUGAGGGACCGCUUUGCCAUCUUUGCUGGCCCCGACCUCAAGAACAUGGACAACUUGUACACCCGGCUGGAGAGCGCCAAAGGGCUCAAGGACUUCUUUACCGUGACUGACCUGCGGAUGAGGCUGCUGAGACCCGCCCUGGGGGGCACCUAUGUGCAGAGGGAGAACUUGUACAAGUACUUCUAUGCCGUCUCCAACAUCGAAGUCACUGGCAGGUGUAAAUGCAACCUCCACGCUAACCUGUGCACCUUCAAAGAGGGCAGCCUGCAGUGCGAGUGUGAGCACAACACCACGGGGCAGGACUGCGGCAAGUGCAAGAAGAACUUUCGCUCCCGGUCCUGGCGAGCAGGGUCCUACCUGCCUCUCCCUAACGGGUCCCCCAAUGCAUGUGCAGCUGCGGGCUCGGCCUUUGGCACAAUUUCCAUCAGAGCUGCCCAUCCGUCCUCAAAGAGCUCAAAACUCAUCCGGCUCAAACCAAACGCUGGCCCAGUGGCUCCUAUUGAAUCCUACAGAGACUGUGAAUGCUACGGGCACUCCAACCGCUGCAGCUACAUCGACUUUCUGAACGUGGUGACCUGCGUGAGCUGCAAGCACAACACGCGGGGGCAGCACUGCCAGCACUGCCGCCUGGGCUUCUACCGCAACAGCUCGGCCGAGCUGGACGACGAGAAUGUGUGCAUAGAAUGUAACUGCAACCAGAUCGGCUCCAUGCACGACCGCUGCAACGAGACCGGCUACUGUGAAUGCAGGGAAGGCGCCACGGGGCCCAAGUGCGACGACUGCCUGCCCAACUACUACUGGAGACAGGGCUGCUUCCCCAACGUCUGCGACGACGAGCUCCUGCUCUGCCAGAACGGCGGCACCUGCUACCAGAACCAGCGCUGCAUCUGCCCCGUGGGCUUCAAGGGGGUGCUGUGCCAGCAGUCCAGGUGUGAAGUGGACAAGAAGGACUGUGACGGUGCCCCCGGCGCGGGCGGCAGCCUCGGCACCGUGGCCCUGGGGGUGCUGGCCCUGCAGCUGCGCGCCUGGGGGGACCUCUGACCCCGCAGGGGAGGGGGCCCAGCCCAGGCACGUCGCCCGAGGGACCUGGGGAGCCCGAGGUUAACGGGGUGGCUCUCCCCGCCGUCUCCUCCGCCUUCCUCCGCGCCAGGACUUGCACAACUUUGGGCCCGCUCUCCCAGCAGGGGUACCCGCAGAGAACCCCGGGCCGGCUCCUGCCCAGCCGGGGUGGCCCAGCCCAGAGCCGGCUGUGGAGUGUGGGGACUGCACAGCCCGUGCCAGGGACGUGGGCACGUCCUGCCCUCAGCACAGGGACUCUCCUUGCCUGCCCCACGCAGGGCCAAGCUGGGGCCAGGGCCCUGCUGAAAUAGUGCCGCGAUCCAAGGGAGAUUUUUUUUAUUCUUACUUUCUUUACUUUGGUAUAGGCUGGGGUGUUCUUUUUAUUUUUUUCCCCUUCCUCUUAGUGUCCUGUUUCGAAAGAGCCUGUCAUGAUGACUCCAGAGCCCCACAGCACAACAGGCAGGGGAAGGGGAGGGAGGGAAGGGGGGGACUCUGGUCCAUCCCUGCUGAUAGUCCCACAUCCCACCAUCGGCCUGGCCUGGCCACGCACAUACUGUUGCCUACAACUCUAGUUGCUGCAUUGAUUUUGUAUUUUCAUUGCUGGGGUUUGUUUCCUUGCACUUAUGGAGGGCCACGAGGCCACGAGGUACGUGAGGAGUGCAGUGUCUUAUCCACACAUGUCCGAAUAGUGUACAGUUCAAAUACUUUUUUUUGGUAGAGACUUAUUUUUGUUUGGAUUAAAUGUUAUAACAGAACCACAACUUAAAGGGACAUUUUGCCAUGAGCAUUUGAUUCUGGUGUAUUCUCCUCCAGUAAAGCAACUAUUAAUGGCUGCUUGAUCACCACGUUUUCCUUUUUGUGUGCACAGUUAAUUACAGGUAAAGACUUAUUUUUUUGAUUCAUAA